AUGGUGGUCAAGUGCUUCUUCGAUAUCGCCAUCAACGACAUGUCGGCAGGCCGCAUUGUCAUGACGGUAAUGGCGGGGGUCACAAUGCAGCGCUGGGAGCGGCCCUCACAUGGCCUCCGGGACACUUCCUGUCCGUACCGGCCCUCGGGGGCCACAGUCACUACAAUAACCAUGCCGCUUCCCCCCUCCAUCCCCCCAGCCUGGCCGGCUCCGAGGGCGGAUUCCUGCCAGGCCGCUCACUGUCAGAAUAACGGUACAGCGAGCACAGUGGGCGGGCUGGCAGGCAGGCUCUGGCCGGCCGGGCUGGGGUAGUGGAAUCCAUCUUAGAUGAAUCCAGCAAUGUGUGAUGGGCUCCUUCCGCCACAAAAUGUCUGCCCUCGGGCUGCUGCCAGCAUUCCCGCCCAUAGCGGCUCUCUGUAUACCGUGUGUCGGCGGUAGGCUGGCUGUGCACUGCCCGCCGCUCUGGGGGGAGGCUGCCCGCCGCUAUGGGGGCAGUCUUGUAGCGCGUUAUGGAAGCUGCCAGGCCUGCCUGCGGCCAUGCUUUAUUGUAGUGCGGGUCCUGCAUACCGCAGAACGCCCUAUACCUGGCAUUACAAUGCCGCCAUCUACUGGUGGCCGGUAGAAGCGCACACAACGGGCAGUGAGAUGCAGCAAUUAUAGAAUGCCCGUGGAAUCGAACGCUAGAACCUCUGUUCACACUAAUUGCUUAACACAGGGUUCAAGGUUUAACUUCAGAAUUUUUAGUUUUUUUUGGAGUUCAUAUACUGUUACGUCAGUCUACACUAUUUACACUGAAGGCUAUCACGUGCACUGCAUUACCUGGUAACAUAACGUAAGACUGGCCGGCCAGCAUGUCACGUCAAGCAAUUAUCUGACGCUGAAGUGCAGCCCUGGCUCUUUAUUGUGCGCACUGAUGUUUAUUAUGUCAUGCAUACAGUCUUAACUAUGGUGUCUCGUAUAGUUAACCAGCAGCUUUGUAUUCCUGGCACUAACUGUAUCACUUUAAAAUGACUAGUUCAAUAGGUAGGAUUGCCUUUGAGUAAAUCUUAUUUCUCAUCCUUUCAGUAGUGACUUGGUGUCCUCUGUGUAUAGCACAUCCUGCUAUUAUCUGCUGGUAGCUAUCUGCAUGAUAUGAGCAGUCUAUUUACGUUCACACAUUCAUAGGGCCUGCAAAGUUCCUUUUACCACCACCUACCAGAUCUUAGAAACUAGCUUGUCCUGCUACAUAAAGGCACUUGUUAGUGGCAAACUGAUUUUGGAACUCUAUCUACUUGUAUCUCUUCUGAAGCCUACACUUGGUCAUGUUAUGUGCUGACCUGAAAUCUGCAUUUUUGUCUUAACUAUUUACAGGCCUAGUAACAGUGUAGCCAAACAUGAUAACUUGCUGCAUGUUUUGCUUCUAUGUAUUUCACAUUGGUCUUGCAUACUGUAAUCAUGUUAUAUAAGCUAUUAAGUUUAUCAAGCUAAAAUAGGCAACAUUCAUUUGUAGUAAACUAUGCUUUUUAAAUAGCAGGUGUCAAAUUCAAGCAACUGCAGAGAACUGCUCAAUAGGUCAGGCACUCUACUCAACACCUUGAGCUUGUUAAAUAAACCCCCUCACUAUUAAUGCAGAACUAGGCAUAUAUUAACCAGUAAAUUACAGCCUGGGGUUUAAUUUCAUGAGGUCUUGACUGUCUCAAGGUAUCACUUAAAAUAGUUCUAAAUUGCACCAGGACAGUUUUCUCACUACAGCCUGACCUCUUCAUAUGAAAUCAUUGACUCUUGUUACAUUGCAUAAUUGAGUCCAAUGGAACGGUUUGGUGUCAUGCUCUUCAAAAUGUAAAUUGUAAAAUUGCAGGAUGGCUAAUAACUAGAGCGUUUACACCAAAUGCAAACCUUGCCACUUAUCAGAAAUGUCAGGUCUCUACAUAUUUUGAAAAGGCCUCUGCACCAAAACACUACAUUAAGAUGUUGUUGUUUUUUUUUGUUUGUUUUUAGUGUGCUUUAAAUUCAGUUAUUGGUCUUUACUGACUUUGUUCACAUCCAACCAAUGCAGUUAAUGAAGCUGUAUUAACUGGGUCAGUCACUGCCUGUUUAACAGAUCUAUAGUGCUUGCAGGAAGAUUAGUGAAACCAUUCCACUCGCCAUCAGCCACUUCUGUAUUUCUGGCUUCACAGACUUGGCGUGCAGUACCAUUUCACAAUUGACCAGGAAAUUCCCUGCUAAAUGGAUUCUCUAAAAUGGGCUUGCUAUAACACUCAAGGGCAAGUAGAGUAGGGAUCGACUGAUAUUGAGGUGGUUUUUUUUUUUUUUUUUUUUAACAGAUACCAACCUGUGAACUUUCAGGACAAUAGCUGAUAACUAUACAAUAUUUUGUAUAGUUACCACUUUGAAAAAAUAAACCAUAUCUACUAUUAACUGAACAUGUUUAGUUUUUGCAAAAAUGUUUUUAAGUGGUAAAGGCACAAAAUAUACAUGCCAGUCAGAUUAUCUUAUGUUUUCAAUAAUAUUUAGUGUACCUCUCCCCUCCCUGGUGUGCCUAAUUACCUCUCGUGGAGCAGACCAAGGUACAGGAAAGGCUGCAAAGACAGGAAGUGCUCUCUCAGUGAGCACUGUACAGGUCUGCUCUGGUCCACUCAACUAUGCUACAGAGUGACUGACUGGCAGAGGAAGCACUGAACACUUCCUGCCUGUCACUUAAUUCUUGCGCUCUAAUGCAGCUGUGUUCAUCCUUAUGGAUGUGCUAAUUCUGAAUUCUACAGGGAAAACAUGGUGGUCUGCUAACCCUACAACUAAACUCUCACAAACCACUUAAUGAAGCAGUCUGGGUGCAGUGGCCUUGUCGUGUGCAAGUGUUAAACUGCAGUGUUUACAUUGUAAGAUUAUGUACAGCUAGUUUCGGUCUUCCAGACAGCCACAAGAUGUGCUUCUGCCUCAAGAACAAGGUGAAACUUGGCAAGAAGAGCGCAGUUUGGCUGUGCAUGUGUAUCUCCAAUCAAGUGAUCCUCUGGGGAAGCAUUAACUUGGUUGAGGUCUGCAGCAGUCUUGACCUUGAAAUUGAGGAAUAAAUGUUUAAUGCAUUUUUCAAUAUCUAAAGUGGUGUGGUCGGUCUUCCCAACAGUAGAAGGGAACCUGUAGUACAGUGGGAGAGGGUGGUGGUACUAUUACAGGGUUUUUAAACCUCCUUUGACAGUGUCUCAAAUCUUAGCAUAACCAAACUGCUGGCUAAAAGCUUGCCUUGACAUAUGCAGAGAACUUCAGCAGAAAUGCCAAGUGCACAUACAAUCAAACUUCCUAGAUGCCAGAUUGCAAUACAUUCUAGGAAGACUCACUCAGAACAUGUCACUGCGCUGAAUGUAAUUUCUUGCCUCUCCUGUUCACCUUUUGGUUUUUUUUUUAACCCCAGUAAAUGCCAUGUCGCAAUGUGAUUAUUCUAUAAAGGUAAAAUCACUUUAAAUUUGUCAUGGGGCAGCAUGGAGUUCUGGCACUGUAACAAUUCAGCUGUUACUAUUUUGCCAUGAAUUGCACCCUGGAAUUGCAGCUCCUCUCUGCUGUAUGCAGGAAUGAUUCACCAGAUGGCAGGUGAUAGUACUUUAUUUCUCAGUGGGUGGCAAGGGAUGGGGCUGAGCAGAUCAGCAUAUCUGCUAAAAAAAUCAUCUUACUGCAGAUAAGGAGGAUGAGGACAGCAGUGUUUAAACCAUUGCAAUACAGUUUAAAUUUCUGAUCAUUACCGGGACAGUCAGAUGCAUCAGACACUCACUGUUGAAGCCUUGAGUUGUCAGGUGGAAUGUUUGUUUUUAAUGAAGGUUAUCAUAACUUGAUAUAACUGUACUUGCUAAAUCUCAAAUCAUGUGACCUCAAUUGCAUUGAUAGUCCUUUCUGACAGCCAUCUAUCUCCUAUUAAAUAACUUAAAAGUCUCUCUCAGUGGAAAGCUGGGACGUUAAGUAUCUGUUCUUACUAGCUAGAACAAACUCCAAAUCAAAGUACACAAUAUACUGCUCACAGGCUCAAGUGUUGAGCAUUUCCUCAUUCAUCUAUCUUUAAAGGAACUCAAACACAUUCCUGACCCUAUAGUGUUAAAGCCACCAUCUGCACCUCCCUCUGCUAUCCCCCUAAAUAUAGCUGCUGUCUCAGCCCCUGAUAUUCCUGCUUGGCUGACAUAAUCAGAAAUGAUACUCUGAGCCUAUCACAAUGCUUUCCCAUAGGAUUGGCUGAUACUGGCAAGGAGGUAGAGCCUGCCAAGCCAAACACGACUCUGGCCAAUCAGCAUCUCCUCAUAGAUGGCACUCCAUGCAUCUCUGAGGAAAGUUCUGUCUCCAUGAAGAUAAUGGAGGCGCUGAAAUGGCUAGUAAGCACCUUGAGUGGCCAGUGGAGGUAUCCUAGGCUGUAAUGUAAAGACAUUGUUUACUAUGAAAAGCAUGACUUUACAAUAAGCUGUAGUUCUGGUGACCAUAGUGGCUUAAGAUGCAGUAAAUUCCUUAGAUCAGUGUUACUAGCAAGCUGCUUGCAUAAAUCGUUUGGUCAACACGAAUAGAACACGUCCCAACUUCUCUAAAGCCUCUAAGUCCCUAACCCAUGAGGGGACUGGACCAAAAAUAAAUGUAAAUGUUCUGUCUUGUCUGAAGUACAUGGCUAACUUCAUGUCAUUUUAUGGCUUGUCACAGCUGUUUGUCCCUUCCUUGAUCACUUGCUGCCUCUAUCCUACUUAAACUAAGCAUUGCUAUGGAAGUCCCACAAAUCUGUCAAGCGGACUACCACUGCAUUUGCAAUACUCUGUAGGGCUCAAACCUGCCUCAUGUGAAUUAUGUUAAUCGUGCCCUGGCCAGCCUGAUUGGGUAGUCUUCUUGCAUAACUAGUGAAGCCAACUUAACAGAUGCCAGUGAAUGACGCUUCAUGGCAAUAUGCUCUAAAGCAAAAACUUAUCCUGCACCUGUACAUGUCUUUAAUGUGUUUUAAGCCUGUCUAGAUUUGGGACAUGAGGUCUUGAAUGAGAUUUAUUCAUGAGCUCCAGUUUGAAGCUUAGGCCACAUAACAAUCUAAACAUAUGUCCACUGUGGGCUUUCUUCACAGGCACUAGUCCUCCAGGUGCAAAUGAGCACUGCUGACUCUUUCCUUGAACAAGUGGCACUUAUAUUGGUAUAUUACUAUAAUGCUGAAUUACUUUCUUUUUUUUUUUUUUUUCUAGCUGAGAGAUGAUGUUGUACCGAAAACAGUUGGUGAGUAACUGGCAUUUGUUUCAAAUUAUUCUAACAAAGUCUCUAAACUGCUAGCAAUAAGAACUACUUGAAUUAAGUCAUGCCUUACCUGGCCCUCCUCUACCCUGCUGUGCUCGAAUUUAACAGGUGGGUGUUGCACUUCUGCAGCAACCACCUCCAGUCCACCUGUGCUCCUUUUCUGUGGUGUCCUGUUUGGGGACUUCUCCAAAACAGGACAACAUUUCCACUGACACACCGGCUUAAUUGCCAUUGUCUGUACAACCACAACUCCAUUCCUGUACUCCCUGGCCAGUGCCCUUAGCACAGUCUAGAUGCCAUGGCACAUUCUGUGAGGUUUCCUCACUGCUAUGGAGUGUCUGCUAAGGAUUUGAAACAGAUUUAAAGGACCACUAUAGUGCCAGGAAACAUACUUUUUUCCUGGCACUAUAGUGCCCUGAGGGUGCCCCUGCCCGGCUCUGUAAGGGGAAAGGGGUUAAACCGUACCUUUUUCCAGCGCUGGGCGGAGAGCUCUCCUCCCCGUCGGUUGAAUGCGCACGCGUGGCAAGAGCUGCGCACGCAUUCAGCCUGUCACAUAGGAAAGCAUUCAUAAUGAUUUCCUAUGGACGCUGGCGUGCUCUCACUGUGAAAAUCAAUGAGACAGCCACUAGAGGAAAUAGGGGAAGGCUUGACCCAUUCAUAAACAUAGCAGUUUCUCUGAAACUGCUAUGUUUAUUUAAAAAUGGGUUAACCCUAGCUGGACCAGGCACCCAGACCACCUCAUUAAAGGACCACUCUAGGCACCCAGACCACUUCAGCUUAAUGAAGUGGUCUGGGUGCCUGGUCCAGCUAGGUUUAACCCAUUUUUUUUCAUAAACAUAGCAGUUUCAGAGAAACUGCUAUGUUUAUCAAUGGGUUAAGCCUUCCCUUAUUUCCUCUAGUGGCUGUCUCAUUGACAGCCACUAGAGGCGCUUGCGUGCUUCUCACUGUGAUUUCAAAGUGAGGGCACGCCAGCGUCCAUAGGAAAGCAUUAUGAAUGCUUUCCUAUGUGACCGGCUGAAUUGCGCAUGCAGCUCUUGCCGCGCGUGCGCAUUCAGCCGACGAGGAGAGCUCUCCGCCCAGCGCUGGAAAAAGGUAAGUUUAAACCCCUUUCCCCCUUCCAGAGCUGGGCGGGAGGGGGACCCUGAGGGUGGGGGCACCCUCAGGGCACUAUAGUGCCAGGAAAACGAGUAUGUUUUCAUGGCACUAUAGUGGUCCUUUAAGCUGAAGUGGUCUGGGUGCCUAGAGUGGUCCUUUAAGUAUUUUUCUAGCUGUUUUCCUUUGCAAAUUAUGAAUUUGCUAGUACAAUGUAUACUUGGCUAUUUUGUUUUAAAAUUUUUGGGGAUGAGAGGAUUCCCUCUAAACCAGAUGUACAUUCUUUGUUUUUGAGUGCAUGAAGAAUGAUCCAUAUAUGCUGGUAAUGCCACAAUAGCAGAUACCGGCCAUUCGAGGGUAACAGAAAUAUGGCAUAGAGUAAGACUGCACAAAUCUUCUUAUAUGAACAAGCUUGACUUUGGGUAAAACAUUAGCAAGAAAAGGAUACAAACAAAUAUGAAAAUCAGCUAAGCAGACUGUCUUUAAGAUUUAAAAAGUGACGUCUGAAUAUCUAUAGCAAGUGUUUGCCCUGGAGCUUCUUGGUAUAGCAUAAUAUAUGAUAAACUACGCAAUGUAAAAGACGUAUGUCUAGCAUUAAUAAAAUGAUUUAAAAAAAUAUAAUACUGCUUGCCUGGUUAAACAGAUGGCUGAAAACAUGUUAGUGAGCCUGAGGAGAGGCAUGUAUGGGCAUGACAUUUCGAGGGACUUUAGCUUAAUAUAUAUUAAAGGUGGCUAGGAAGGUUAGUUUCAGGCUAUAAUAUAGGUUUAGUAGAUUACAGGAGCUGAUCUUUCUUGCGGCAGUCAGGCCCCGCCCCAUAUAUCUACUUUUAAUACUCCCAGCCUCAUCGCUCCACACAACCUCUUGUUUUCUUACUUUAGACACUUAUUGCAAAAGGUCCAGUGCUGGCUAUCAAAGUGGAAAUGGUAGAGUAAUGAGACCAAUAUAUUAAGCAGUGACAACAUGACUAGUGCUUUUCUGGGUUUUGCACUUAUUCAGCCACUAGAUAAAUGGUCCAGGCCUCCAACUGCAGUAUCACAACUUAAUCUGCUGCCAUAUUUGUCUAAAGUUCUGAAUAGGUGUUCAGACCUGACUUCUACAAAUGUCUAACAAGUUUCUUUAUCCUCUUGUAGUGAUGUCUAUCUUAAUUUUUUUUUUUUAUAUAUAGAAAACUUCCGUGUUCUGUGUACUGGAGAGAAAGGAUUUGGAUACAAGAACUCCUGCUUCCACAGAGUGAUCCCUGAAUUCAUGUGCCAGGUAUGGGUUGGUCUACAAAGCUUAUGUGGUGCUGUAGCUCUAUUGUGCUCAAAUAUGCACUCAAAGUACAGCUUUCUGUAGAGCUUUACCAUCAAUUUUCUUAGAUUACAUUACUUGGAAAACAAGCACAGAAACAGGGAUACUGUGUAUAGCACAAAACUAUUCUGCAGUGCCUUAUGAUUACUGACACAUCUUGCAGGUUCAAAACUAGAACACUAGUAAAGUUAUGGUGCCAGGAAACUCCUUGGUCCACACUUGCCUCAAGGGGUUAAACCAUUUCUCAGUCAGUCUGCAGCAACACUCGACACUUCCUGAAACAAAUGUCAGAAGCAGGAUGCCACUUGCAUGAGUUGAGAUCUAUGCUGGAAGCAACUCUGGACUCAAAUGUUAAACUCUUGAGGUAAGUGCAUCUGGGGGUCUCCUGGCACCAUAACUUAAUUUAGAUUUAGUUGUUAUGGAUGGUGUGUUGUGUCCCAACUCUAUAUACAGGUUGUGACUGUAAACUUGUCAAGCUCAGUCUGUUGCCAUGGAGCUGCCCUUGCUAGCAUAAGAGUUGACAUUGAAUAGUAACCCAGAAGCUUGCCAAAUAGGUUUUCAACUUUAUACCUAGUGCACAAGUAAAGCGGUUGCCACUAUCUACAUGGUUAACAUUUGAUGGUGUGUGAAAAUGUACUUCAAACCACCCAGUGUAAAAUGAAGAGCCACAUCACUAGAUGAGCUAUAACUACUUCAGGGUUGGUUUAAGUCAAAGUACUCUUGCUUAAUAGCAAGAUUUUGUGAUAAAAACUUGUCUCUAGGCUACCAAAUUCAUACACUUUAAUACAGAGUUGCAUGCAAAUUUUGGCAUUGAGUGUAUUUUCCUGUAAAGUCACUUGACCAGUCUUUCCUUACUAAACCUAAAGAUGUUUGCAGAUAUGUCAUCUUCUGGUAACAGUCUAAAUCACUAGAGCCUGGACUUGGAAAGCACCUAGUUCCAGGAUCGAUGUAUUGCGGAUUGGUUAAAAAAAUAAAAUUAAAAAAACAUACUGUGUAAUUAUCCUAGAUCAUAACUAGCCAUAGCACUCUCCCCAGCCUAUUUUGUUUAAAUUGCUUUCUCUUGUAAACGGAGUCUCUCAAAUUUCCUAAUCCUUUCUAUAGGGGGGUGACUUCACCAAUCACAAUGGAACUGGAGGAAAAUCAAUCUAUGGCAGCAAGUUCUGUGAUGAGAACUUCACCCUGAAACACACAGGACCUGGUAUCAUGUCCAUGGCUAAUGCUGGCCCAAACACAAACGGUUCCCAGUUCUUCAUCUGCACUGCAAAGACCAGCUGGUCAGUCCACAUAUUAUUUGCUAGUCAUGCAGAGAAAAUGUUGGUAGUUCUAGAUGUUGGAUAGCUAAAAUCUAUUCUGGUACCAGCAGACUUGCUGAUGGUUCUUGCGUUUAAAAUGUCAUAAAUUAAAUGUCCCUUCUAUUAAGGGAAAAUGGAGAACUGCCAAAUAAGGGUACAUUCCUGGCUGACACCAGGCCCCCAUAACUCCCUAUCAAAAUCUUAUGGGGGAAGAAGUCACCAGGCUCAUUCUUGCUAAACAGUUUAACUCUCACUUUUGACACUUGUCUCCUUGGCAGCCAGUGUUAUCUGAGGCCUCUACCACCAAAGAUGUCCCAUACUGUGAUCAGCAUUUUUCCUUAUGAAGAGGUGUUGAGCAAACUGUCUAGCCCAAUAAGUUGAUAGCACCCAGGGACCCCAUAACUACUUUAGAUGAAGUUGUGGAUUGGGAGUGUCAUUUACUGGGUUAUCUAGGCCUGCAUUGCAUUUUAAACUGGAAAAUUAACAUAUGGCACACCUGGCAAGUCAGUGACAUGAGUGUCCUGUUAUUUGCAGGCUAUAUUCAAACAGCUGGAGUCAUAUGCACUGCCUUUCUUCAGUGCACAAUCUAAAACAGACUAUAUAAAUUGCUUACUUUUACUGUAUGCUGGCAUUUGACUUUUAGCACUUGGCCUAAACUUAUAUUUUAUUUUUCCUCCUGCAGGCUGGAUGGUAAACACGUUGUGUUUGGACAAGUUACUGAAGGCAUGGAAGUUGUGCACGCAAUGGAAAAGUGUGGCACUCAGAGUGGAAAACCAAACAAAAAGAUCACCAUUACUAAUUCUGGCGAGCUCUAA